AUGGCUUAUAAUUCAGAGCUAACCAAGGUCUGCUUUCAGGUAAAGGCUGUCAUUUUGGGACAAGAUCCGUAUCAUGGACCUAAUCAAGCUCAUGGGCUCUGUUUCAGUGUCCAGAAGCCUGUUCCACCUCCCCCCAGCUUAGAAAAUAUUUACAAAGAGUUAUCUACAGACAUUGAGGGCUUCACUCAUCCUGGCCAUGGUGAUUUGACUGGCUGGGCCAAGCAAGGUGUGCUGCUGCUGAACGCUGUCCUCACGGUGCGGGCUCACCAGGCCACGUCCCACAAGGAGAGGGGCUGGGAGCAGUUCACGGAUGCUGUGGUGUCCUGGCUCAACAAGAAUUUACAUGGGGUUGUCUUCAUGCUGUGGGGGGCCUAUGCCCAGAAGAAAGGCAGCUCCAUUGACAGGAAGCGUCACCACGUCCUGCAGACGGUUCAUCCCUCCCCUCUCUCAGCCAACAGGGGGUUUUUUGGCUGCCGACAUUUCUCCAAGACAAACGAGUUGCUCAAGAAAUCUGGCAAGAAGCCCAUUGACUGGCGAGCGCUCUGA